UUGAAGUAUUACAAUCCUUACGCAAACUCGAGAUUUUUUGUGACGUUAAACUUGAAACGGACGAUAAAAAAAUUAUAUUCGCACACAAGGUGGUUUUAGCAUCGGCUAGUCCGUAUUUCCAUGCAAUGUUCACAAAUUUUGCUGAAAAAAAUUAUGAUCUUGUUACUAUGAGACAGUUAAAUUCUACCUGUUUACAGCUGUUGGUAAACUUUAUUUAUUCAGGCGAAAUCGUGAUCACAGAAAAAAAUGUCCAGGAUUUGUUAUCAGCUGCAAAUCUGUUACAGUUACAAGAAGUAAAAGAUGCAUGUUGUGAUUUUUUAGAGACACAACUCUGCUCUACAAAUUGUAUCGGUAUAAACAAAAUAGCUGAUUUCCAUAGCUGUACGAAAUUGUUAACAAGUUCAGAGUUAUAUAUUCGACAAAACUUUUCAAAAGUUGCUGAUGGUGACGAAUUCCUAUCCUUAUCAUCCAAAGAGGUGAUUAAGUUGAUCUCCAGUGAUGAACUUAGAGUUCCAUCUGAAGAAAAAGUAUAUGAAUGUGUUAUUCGAUGGGUAAAACAUGAAUUGGGUACGAGAAAU